AAGAAGAGCGUGUUCCUCACGCUCCAUUAUUCACGGAAGUCUCCCAUGACGAUUCUUCAGACCAAUCAAUGCUUCUCCCCCUUCUUAAAUUCUAUAAAAUGGAAGCCUUGGAAUGCCAAGGAAGAACCAAAUCCAUCAAUCAAUCUAUCCAUCAAUCUCUCUCUGAUUUUGAACUGAAGAGAUCGUAAUGGCGACUGUUGGAGGUAUUAAGGAUGUUCCUUCAAACGAGAACAGCAUCGAGAUGGAUGAACUUGCUCGUUUUGCUGUUGCCGAACACAACAAGAAAGAGAAUUCACUUCUGGAAUUCAGCAAGGUUGUGAAGGUGAAGCAGCAGGUGGUCGCUGGCACAGUUUAUUACAUAACUGUUGAGGUAACUGAGGGAGGCCAGAAGAAGGUUUAUGAAGCCAAGAUCUGGGUCAAGCACUGGGAGAAUUUUAAGCAGCUUCAAGAGUUCAAGCUUGUUGAUGCCUCCGUGGGCUCCUCUGCUUAGUUUGCUAGGGUCCUAAAAUCCAUGACGAUGCGUGGAAUAAUACGAAUGGAGCAGAAUCCUUUUCCUUUGAUGUGUAGUGUCUUUGAUUUAAAUAAAUUCUGUAAGCUUAUGGAGUAUGUAUGGAUAUUUAUUAUCAAAUCUCAAUAGUUGUUGUGAAUUAUGUGGCAAUUGCAUAAUAUAUAUGUAUUUUCAGGAAGAAA